AUUGGCCGGCCUCUACCUGUGCAUGCAAAUGAGGCUCCUGAAUAAUGCAGCGGCCCAGGUAGAAAUAGCGGCAGGGGCGGCCCGGGAGCGGGCAGCCCGCAGCAUGUCCCGGUCCCGCAGCGGCUCCCUGGCCGGCUCGCCCCGCCCGUGGCCCGGCUUCUCGGCCGGCAGCAUGUACGGGGGCGCGGGCGGCUCGGAGCCGCGGGUGUCGGGCUCCCGCCUGCAGGCGCUGCUGCCCGGCCUGCGCGCCAACCUGGACUCGCUGUGGGCCGGCAGCCAGCAGGAGGCGCUGCAGGGGCUGAACGAGCGCCUGGCCGGCUACCUGCAGCGGGUGCGGGGGCUGGAGGCGGCCAACCGGGCGCUGGAGGAGGAGAUCGCCCAGGUGCGGGCCCGCCGCGGGGGCGCCGGCCAGCGGGACUGGGAGGCCUGCGAGCGGCCCCUGGAGGAGCUGCGCAAGCAGGUGGAGGAUCUCAACAUGGACAAUGCCAAGCUGCUGCUGCAAAUCGAUAAUGCCAGGCUGGCGGCCGAUGACUUCAAGGUCAAGCUGGAGGCAGAGCAGGCCGGGUGCGACAGCGUGCAGAAGGACACCCAGGGGCUGCGCAAGAUCAUGGAGGACACCAACUUCCUGCGCAUGAAGCAGGAGGCGGAGCUGGAGGGGCUCAAGGAGGAACUCGCUCACCUGCGCAAGAGCCACAAGGAGGAAGCGGAGGCCCUCAGGGCACUGAUCGCUAACUCGGACGUGACCGUGGAGGUGGACAACCCAAAGAAGCAGGAGCUGAGUGAGAGCAUUGCCCAGAUCCGGAAGCAGUACGAGAAAGUGGCCGAGCAGAACCGGGACGAUGCCGAGAGCUGGUACAAGGCCAAGUUCGACACGCUGUCCCAGGAAGCUAACGUGAACACCCAAGCCCUGGAGGAAGCCAAGAGCGAGCUGAGUGAGCUGCGUCGGCAGCUUCAGGGCCUGGAGAUCGAACGCCAGACCCUCCAGAAAAUGGUGGAAACCCUGGAGAACACGUUGGAGAACACAGAAGCCCGCUACAACGACCAGCUGGCGCACCUCAAUCACGUCAUCGCCAAGCUGCAGGAGGAGCUGGCCGCCUGCCGGGCGGACCUGGAGCGGCAGGCCCGGGACUACGAGGCCCUGCUGGAUGUGAAGAGCAAGUUGGAGAAUGAGAUCAGUCAAUACAGCCAGCUGAUUGAGGGAGUGAUAGACAGGCUCCCGGAGGCAGACCAUUAAGAAGGUGGUGGUCACCACCCAGGAGAUUGUGGAUGGGAGAGUGAUUGCGCAGCGAUCGGAGGAAGUAAUUCAGUAAAGAGGCAAAUCUCGAUCUACCGCUGCUGCACUUACAGCUCCUUUCAGUCUGAUUCAACAAGCCAGGGGUGUGGGUUGCAUUGUCUUCUAGAGAGGUCUGUGCUCUGCUGUGAUUGGAAUACUGCUGAAUAAAGAUCUUCCAAGCACUUUG